AUGGACGGCUUGAAAGAGAGUCAGGAGCUCUUGGCUGCCUUUGACGAUGUGUCGAUGGCCAUGGGUGAGCCCGAUGCCGAUCUCGACGCGCUCUUAGCUCAACAAGCGACUCUCCAGGACAAGAUUGAGCACCUGAAUUGCUGGGACUUGAGUCGUGAAGUCGAGAAGGCCAUGGCAGCACUGAAAGUGCCAGCACGAGAGACGGACGUGAACGUGCUGUCAGGAGGCGAACUACAACGUGUGGCAUUGUGUAGGUUACUGCUUGAGAAACCAGACAUGUUGCUUCUGGACGAACUGACCAACCGUUUGGAUGCCGAGUCGGUUCAUUGGUUGGAAGAGUUUUUGCAAAAGUACCGUGGCACCGUACUGUCGAUCACGCGCGAUCGCUACGGUCUGGAAAACGUUGCUGGCUGGGUCUUGGAACUUGAUCGAGACGAAACCGAAAGGGCGAUGCUGUCCGUGCAAAACAAAUUGCAUCUGAAAUUGCCUGGGCACAAGCACCAAGGAAGUAAGAAGGCCAACAAAGCGCGUGUGAAGAAACUACAAGACAUGGAGUCCAGUGGCUUCCGAACGUCAGCACGGAUCGACGAAGGACAAAUCGUCGUGCCGUCGGGCUCGCGUCUGGGUAACAAGGUGAUCAAGGUGAACAACUUGCGUGAAACACUGGACGAUGGCCGUGUGCUGUUUGAUAAGCUCUCAUUUGAGAUUCCGCUUCAUGCGAUUGUCGGUACAAUUAAUGGAAAUGGCAUGUAA